GAAACAAUAACACUAAUAAAAGGGCCCGUGGUCUGCUGUAUUUACUAAGCCGAGCUGCGCUUGGUUCGUCAUUAUAAACCCAACAUUUAUUCUUGUAAAUCCCGUGAUUUAUGAUCCGGAUUCGUGUGGGUCCACAUCAGAGAGUGGGCAGGUUACUCCGUAUCACGUGACUCGACAGGAAAAGCAGCGAUGGAGAAAAGCUAAGGAAGGUGAGGCGUUUUAAGGUGUAUUUCUCUGUGUUUGUGGCCUAUACGACCAAAACAGGACGCCUUACUGUGUGUAUGAAAGUGACAACAGAUAGAGUGUCCUUUUAUAACGAAAUAUUAACAGGAAAGAGGGUUUUAUUUAGCGUGGACGUUGCAUAUGAUGCUGCUAAAUAUUAGCUAUCGUAAGCUAGCUUUGCGACGUUAGCUGUCAGGAAGUCCUGACUGUUAUCUGCAGACAAAGAUCACAUAAUUAUCCAGCUUCCAGUCAAAAUAAACUGGAGCUGUUGUUUUCUUGUGUCAAACUGACAUUAAAACAGCGUCUUGUGAGGUUUUGUGUCCAUGGUGCCAUUUGCUUCUGCACCAUCACCUGAUUCAACACUGUGGAUGUGAGGAGGAGGAGGAGGAGGGUGGGGAUGCUUCUCCAUUUCUGUCAAUGAUUUCUUCAUGUCAGCACCAUCUCUUUAUUAUACAGUUCAUUAUAGUAAGGCCAACAAGUUAAUCUGUCUGAAUUUGGACCUGGUUGCUGUGUUUCUUUGACAGGAAUCUGCCCAGGCAGAGGAUUCCUCUCUACCCAGAGUGCUUGUGGAAUGGCAGCAGUUUGGCAGCAGGUUUUGGCCGUGGACGCAAGGUGAGACUAAACCACGCAGCAGAUUUUAAUAUUCUGCAGUAAUGAAGAAGCUAUUCAGACGUGUAAUUGCCUAUGGAUCAGUUGUAAGUUAUUGUGUGUGCUGUCAUUUCUUUCCCCUCCCUCUUCCUCAGGUACAAUGCUUACCGCACGCCUACGUUCCCACAGUUCCGAACUCAGUACAUCCGCCGACGCAGCCAGCUGCUCAGAGAGAACGCCAAGUGUGGCUUUGAGCCGGGGCUGCGCAGGCAGUACCUGAGGCUGCGCAGUCAGCUGCUGGCCCUGCGCUACGGGCCCCUGUCUGAGCAGAGCAGUUUCAGGGCCAGCAGUGUGCGCAGUUCCCGCACCACACUGGACCGCAUGGAGGUCAGACCCAAAGAAACAGACAGGGAAGAAAAGAGAGGGGAUUUGUGUGCUGAAUUGGAUUGGGGAGGAUAAAAGCAUUGAAGAGCUGGAGUGACAACUUGAGAUAUAGCAUAUGAGAGCCAUCUGGAUGGCUAGACCUUAGUUUUUGAGCCAAACAACAUAUUGGUUGCCCAUGCAAAUUAAGCUGAGCAGCUUGGUUGAAGUGGCUGGCACUGCAAACGUACAAAGGCAAUACCAUCAACCAAAAAUCAACAUAAAAAUUAAAAUGAGCUUUCAUUUCUUGAUAACGUCAGUUUAAGGAUACUUUGUUGUUAAAGGCUUUGUCUCUGCUCGCACUUACUCCUACGAGGUUCUGUCUCCCUUCCCUCUCUUCUCCUCGUCAUCAGGACUUUGAGGAGGACCCCCGUGCCCAAGGGGCUCGUGGUCACCGCCGAUCUGUCAGCAGAGGUUCCUACCAACUACAGGCCCAGAUGAACAGAGCCGUCUAUGAUGAGAGGUACCCCAAACAUCGCCCACAGAUAUGAAAACAGGAUUUGGCUCAUUGUCUCAUCGCCUCCAGCAGUUGAUUUACUUCUCCUUUGAGCUGUUGCAUUUUGUUGGAUUUACUGGCUGAAAUGCUGGUUUAUUUGCACUGAGUAAUGAUCAGACUUCCUAUAUUGAGCUGUCAGCUGAACCCUGAGGUGUGUUGUAUUGAUUAUGUGCUUACAUGGUGGUUUUUAUUUCCUACCGCAGGCCUCCGGGCAGUCUGGUGCCCACCUCAGUGGCAGAGGCCAGUCGUGCUAUGGCAGGAGACACAACUCUGAGUGAAAACUAUGCUUUUGCUGGCAUGCACCACAUAUUCGACCAACAUGUCGACUCUGCAGGUUAGCCGGAAGCUUCUAAUCGAACUCUGAACUUAAAAUGUGUUAACCAGGAUUUUAAAUGAUCUUCUUCUGCUUUUUUUUAAAGUUCCUCGAUUGCAGUUCGCCAACGAUGACAAGCACCUCCUUGCUUGCUGCUCGCUUGACGGCACCCUGUCCAUCAUGACUCUGUCCCCGUCUCCUCCCAGCGUGAAGGUGACCCUGAAAGGUCACGGAGGUCCUGUCACAGACUUUGCUUGGUCUCUGAGCAACGACAUCAUCGUGUCGACCUCCCUGGAUGGGACUCUGCGUAUCUGGAACACGGAGGACGGACGGUGCAUCCGAGAGGUCAGAGACCCAGAGUCAAGCGAGUUGCUCUGCUGCACCUUCCAGCCGAUGAAUAACAACUUAACUGUGGUGAGUUUGAUGUUAGAAAAUCAAUUUAUAGUAUAUUCUCUAGUCUUCCUAACCCAAGUAUUACAGUGUUCCUAAAGGGUGUAUAAGAACUUCAUGUGUGACAUUUCUUUUUGAGCCCUUAACCGAAAAAUGUUACUCUGAGGAUGCAUCGUUUUAUUACCCUGUUAUUCCCACACUAAUUAAUAGAUCUCCAAGAAUGUUUGGGAUAUUUUUCCUCUCCAGUUAAGGUACUUUAUGACCUACUUACACAGAAAGUUUUGGUACCAAGUAACAGAAUCAUCCAUAAACAAGUGGCAGCAGCAGAGGUACAGCUGCAGUGAGUGUUUAAUGAACUGAUCAUGUUUUUUAACGCUGAGGAUGAAUAUAUACGACCUAUAUCAUGAUGCUGGUAAUAACAACACCCAUGAUUUCAUGCAUAUCCUAUAGCUAUGAAAAUGUCCGCUGUUGUUUCAGAAGCUGCAGUAAAAUCAAUUAUUUUUAACAUCGUAACAGGAUAUACAUUAAAGGGAUAUUCCAGCGUAAAAUUAAGUUAGGGUCAAACACACCAUAACACAGAGUUAGACCCCUUUCAAGAGAUGAAUGUUGCUGACCGCUUAUCUAGUUAUACCAACUAAGGUAACGACCGCACAAUAGCAAUAUAGAGAGCCAUGUGCUCAACCAAAACGCCACUCUAUAGCCACAAAUAAUGCUCAGAACAGCACCUAACUUCAUCAACAGUACAUAUAGGGUCCUAGCCACAGUACUAGCCAUCAAACAUCUUUUUAACUUUGCCUGAUUUCUUUAGCAAAGAGACUAAACACAACUCACCUACUCUCUUCCAGCAGCCGCUUGUCUGUAGCAAGACCUCGGGCGAGCCCAUCGACUGCAGUUGGGUGACGCAGCUCAAGGAAGAACAUUUAUGAUAAUUUCUUCAUUGAGAUGCAAUCAGACUGAGACGCUAAGGCAGAAGAGCUACACUACUACUUAAAGGAAAUGAGAAAGUAAUUAUCAUAAAUGUUCUUCCUUGAGCUGCGUCACCCCGCUGUAGUCGAUGGACUUGCCCGAGGUCUCGCUACAAACAAGCGGCUGCUGGAAGAGAGUGGGUGAGUUGUGUUUAGUCUCUUUGCUAAAGAAAUCAGGCAAAGUUAAAAAGAUGUUUGGUGGCUAGUACUGUGGCGAGGACCCUAUAUGUACUGUUGAUGAAGUUAGGUGCUGUUCUGAGCAUUAUUUGUGGCUAUAGAGUGGCGUUUUGGUUGAGCGUGCUGCUCUGUUCUGCUAUCCUGUGGUCGUUACUAAAGUUGGUAUAACUAGAGAAGCAAGCGGUCGGCAACAUUCACCUCUCAACGGGUGUCUAACCUGGUGUUACGGUGUGUUUGACCCUAAAUUAAUUUUACGCCGGAAUAUCCCUUUAAAUACUUGUCAUAUUUGAUUUGCUGUUAUCAAGAAAGGGAAAAACAUUAUCAUUUAGGGGGAUGUUUGCAUUGCCCAUUGUUGAGGUUUCUGCAGCCUGUAUCAGCAGACUUUAUUUGUUUUCUUUCACCAGACUAAUUCAGACAGGUCUCAGCAGAUACUGAUUAUUUCAAAAUACCACUAAUCGGUCUCUAAUUGUGAGUCUCAUUGGCCUGACUAUGAUGCCCUCAUUCGCCACACCACAUUGGUAUGUGACACAUCAUUUGGGAAUUUCAUAUGUCUGGAUUUCAACCCUAGUCGACACACACAAAUCAUUUGCACAUACUCUCUCGCACAGAGGGCUAAAACUCAAAACACACAGUUAUGUAAUUCGCUGCAGAUCUCGUCUAGUGGUUCGAGGACUAUCUGAAGACCUACCUUCAUACAGAUUGCGGCAGAAUAGUUUUGCCUGCUUCGCCACAGCCAGCUGUUUUACACAUUUACUGUUUUCUUUUUUUACCUCAAGGUGAAAUCCGUUCACCGACACACGGCGUCCGUCCUCAAAGAGAGGUUUAAUUUUGCCGUGCUCCGGUUCUGAUGUAACCUUGAACUAUCUUCAAAUCGCGGGCUGUGCCUUUAUUUUUUUACGCAGCUGCUGAUUUCCUCUUAAGUGCACACAAGGUUCUGCAAAAUUAAUUAAUCAUCCUGCAUUUUAAUUAACAAAUUAAUGAGAAACCUGUUUUAUUUUUUUGGCUGAAUUACAUAAAUAGAAAAACAAAUGCAGUCUAAACCUCCCUAUUGUAGCUUGUAAUUAUUCUGAAUACAUAUUUACUCUUUGCGGCCGCUGAUUAAAAUUUAAUUACAUCUAUUGUUCCCCAAAACAAAGAUUUCAAAUGUCUUUGCCUGUAAGAUAUGAAGAACUUAAUGUCUACCUAAAAUUUUAAUGGUGAAGUUAGAUUAUUCUGUUUUUCUUGAACGGCAAAUACUGAAAAUUCAUGAGCAUCAUGUUAAAUCAAAGCAUUUCAUAUUUCAGCAGCUGUACCAAACAGUGACCAUUUAUGUCUGAUUAAACAGAAUAUAAGGGAGGUGGAUGUUCGUCUCAUAGUUAGUGAGUAAAAUAAGCAAUAGUAUUAUGAGGAGUGGCCUUGUUUUCAUCAAGCCUGUGCAGGUUUCAUUCAUCUGUUUUAUAAAAAAAGCCCUGUGGCGAUCUUAUCUGCACAAACAGAUCAGAGUUCAUACUGGUGAUCAGAUAAACCUGUUUACGUGUGGCAGUAAAAGUCCUCACAACUGUGUUAAAAACUGUGUGUGUGUGAGUUAAUGUCCUGUUAAUAAUACUUAAUCCAAGAAUGUGUUUGCAACUUCAAGUACUGCGACCUGGUUUGUAUUUGCAGAAGUUAGGAAAGUUGAAAAAAGUGGCAAAAUUACUGAACAUUUCUGAUGGUUGAUUGGACCUUAACAGGUGAAGUAAUCCAUUUAUUGAGAGAGGAGAGGAAGGAGGGAUGACAUCAGGUUUAAUCUCUCCUAGUCUGACUUUAUUUGAUCAGUUCAAUUGAUCUCCUUCCCUAAAUAUGACCUUAAAUAUGUCUAAUUUUAUUCAUAUAAGGGGUGCUGGGUGUUUGGCCUAAAACGAGUCCUUAUUCAAAAACGGGUCCUUAUUCACUUACAGACACAAACUUGCAGAAAGAGAGAGAGAGAAGAUGUUUCCCAUAAAUCUGAUGUUAUUUCAUAAUUAACACAGCCAGAGUGACUCAUGCCAACGGUUUACUGUAAGCUUGAAUAAAGGGUUGUGCAAACUAAAUAAAAGCAGUAUGUGUGUGUAAAAAAAGGGAGUUUCUCUGCAGGAAAACUGCUUUGAAAAUCAUCCCAAAAGUGCCUCCAUUCUGCAUUUUUAAUGCUCACAACAUAUGCAAAGCCUAUACAGUCCUCAUCGUCUCCAUUUUCUGCCUUAUUUUGAUGAAGGCAAAAAUCAGCCAGACGUCUAUUUUCCCACACAGAAAAAAAAUGAAUGGUCUGAUCCAUUUUUACAGUGCAUGCUGAAAUAUAAUGAAGCCAUCCUAGGGCUUUCAUGCUGCCAACUUACUUCUUGAAUGAAGUGCCCAAAGGUGCAGUUGGCUGUAGAAACAAAACCAAGAUCCGGGUUUACCAUAACAAAGCAUGUCCGAGUAUAUUGAACCAAAUCCUGGCUGCUUGGUGGAAACACACUAAUGAUUAAAAGUGACAAAACAACAUUAAAAAAACAGAAAUUGUCGACAAAAAACCCACAAUCCUCAUUUAUUGACAUCUCAAACUAUACAUUUUUUCAGUCACUGUAUCAAAAAACAAACAAAGCAUCCAUUCUUAUCUCCGUUUCUCAGUGCCGCCCCGCAGAUACAGUGAGGGUCCUCACUGCCGGUUAUGUCUUUGCAGGUAGGAAACAGCAAGCACCACCUGCAGGUGGUGAACAUCUCCACUGGGAAGAAGGUGAAGGGGGGCUCCAGUAAGCUGACAGGCCGCGUGCUGUCUCUCUCCUUUGAUGCUCCUGGGAGGAUCCUUUGGGCUGGCGAUGACAGGGGAAGCAUCUUCUCCUUUCUCUUUGACAUGGCCACAGGUAAUGACUCCAAAUGUUUUAUCCCCGCAAAGGAGAGAGUGUGCGCUUACCGAGUCCCAAAUUCUAAUUAGCAUUUCUGUCAUGCACUGAAUAGUGUCUCUGGUUGGAAGGGAAAGCGAUUGAUGUGUCUCUGCCGGUCUCUGCUGUGUCUGCCUGCCCCCCCCUGCAGGGAAGCUGACCAAAGCCAAGCGUCUGGUGGUGAGUGAAGGCAGCUCCAUCUGCAGCAUAUCUGCUCGGUCCUGGAUUAGCCGAGAGGCCAGAGACCCCUCCCUGCUGGUUAACGCCUGUGUCAAUAAGCUGCUGCUGUACAGGUCAGUUUGUAAGGCCAAGUCAUCGUUAACUAAUAGGCAAAUUUGUCUCCUCCGCGCUGUGAUGUGACUUUAAUCCAUCUUCAGAGGAGGAGUUUGUCAGUGAGACGUAUUUACAGCGUUCUUGAAUCGUCUGUGUGUACAGGGUGGUGGACAAUGACGGUACACUACAGCUGAAGAGGAGCUUCCCUAUCCAGCAUGGUUCCCAGCUUGUUCAUAGCAUCUUCUGCCCCCUCAUGUCCUUUAGGCAGGGGGCCUGUGUGGGUAAGAAGUCUCUCUGUACCUGCUGUUUUCAACUGAAAAAUAAACCACCGGUUAUCAAUUUCAGAGAGCAGUGUACUUCUGUUUUUGCAGAAGAAUCCAAACAGCAAUCGCCAACCGUGCUGUAAAAAUUCAAUUGCAGUUAUUGAGGGUUUUUUUUUUUUUUUUUUUUUUUUGAUGCAGAGAUAAUUGACCCAGCUUUACCUCCCGAGUUUUACCUUACUUGACUUUCUUCACCUCACCACUUGUUCAUAUUAUGCAAAGCUUCCCAGUGUUUCAAUUAUCAGGUUUCUGUCUCCAAUUAACUGAAGUAUCUCACUUAAAAAUACCCUAGAGGAGCUGUUGAGAAUGAUGUAGUUCUAUUGUUACAAAAAGGUGCUGCUGAGAUGCUGUAACACAAUAGCUCGUAUUAUUUUGAGUGGUGCGCGGCCUGGAAAACUCAAGGACACCUGUGAAGUGUUAUUGCGUGAUUGUAUAUGUAUCCCAGGGGUGUUGACUGACACCCAAAGUUUUUCUUUCCUUGUUAGAAAUGUAAAGGCAGUCUUGUGAGUGUGGGUAAUUUCAACGCAGCAUCUCUGAAGGCUGUUUAGGGACAUUUGGGACUACUGAGAAACUCAUUUUAAGUCAAAAUGAGCUGUUUUAAUGAGCCAUCCAAAGUUAAUUUGUCUACUUUUUCUUGUAAUUUCUCUUCGCCAUUUAACCCCUCGAUGUUCUGACACAGUGACUGGCAGCGAGGACGCCUGCGUCUACUUCUUCGACGUGGAACGCAACACCAAGGCGAUCGUGAAUAAGCUGCAGGGUCACGGGGGGCCCGUGCUGGACGUCAGCUUCAACUGUGACGAGAGUUUACUGGCGUCCGCCGACUCCACCGGCAUGGUCAUCAUCUGGAGGCGGGAGCAAAAGUGACUGAUCCACCAAUGAAAAUGCUUCCAUCCGCAUCAACUCCGUCCAAUAACGAUGUGUAGUUUUCCACUGGAAUGUAACAGGAUGCGUUAAAAAGUUUAAUUUAAUGAUACUCAAGUGCAAUCAGAUAGAAAUCCGUGCUGUGUAGGUGGUAGGGAUGUUUUAGAGAAGUUCAAGGGGUUGGGGUGCUGGUUUUUGUGCGUGCGUGCGUGCGUGUGUCUGUGAGUGUGUGUGUGUGCGUGUCAGUACUCCUACGACUGCAGCUGAGAAAUUGCUUUUCAACCAAGGAAGAAAGAGCACUACUCCCAUGCAUGUGUCAUGGCUUACCUCUGACUUGUAAGGAUACGACUGAAUUGAAGCGGAGAGAAGAGAACGUAAUCUUCCAGAUAUACCUGAUCCAACACUCUUUGCAUCACACUGACAUUCCCUCUGGCAUAGAUCUAGUUCACUAUUUAUGUAACUGUUAUCCAAGCAGUGUAAUCAAUGUGGUAACUGCCUUUAUUUGCUGUCAGAUCUGCAAUUGCCUGUUUGCAUUUAAGACCAUGUGCAUGACAUCGGCAUUUUAAUUUCAUCAUCACUUAACAAGCAAGUUUCCCCCUCUGUUUGUUUUUGUGUGUGUAUUUCAUGAUGGUUGCAGAUUAAUAUAAUUUAUUUAACACAUCCAGAAUAAACUACUGUAACUGUCAGCCGUCUGUUUCUCUCUUUUUUCUGUUAUUGAUAAUUUAAUUGAAUAUGGGAGAAGAAAUAGUGGCAACAGAGGAGCAUAGUGGAGUAGCCUACAGUGGUCUGACCCACUGUGUAGGAUGUGUUAGUCAUGCGUGGGUCCUUGAGAUCUACACUGAAUCCCCCAUAUGUCAAUGACCGAAGCAUUUGUGAAGAAAACCCUUAACCACGCCAUUUUUGUAUUAGCAUGAUAUUUUGUGAUGUAACUCACUGUCCCCAGAGGGUAACCCCCAAUUUC